AUGUGGCAGGUCCUGGAGGACCUGCGUAGGGACAGCGUGGAGGAAGAGGUGCGCACGGUAUCGCCAGUGCGCUUGCACAGCCCAGUGCGCUCUGUGCCAGCGCCCCACAUUUGCCGGGCUAGGGGGAGUGUUCAGCGAGGACGUGUUGUGCCGGCUCAGCGCUCCUGGCCUCCGGUGCCCCUUCUCGGUCCGAUGUAUCCUGCGCCGAGGACGCGCACUGUGCCAGCGCGCCACACUUGCCAGGCUAAGGUGGGUGUUGAGCCCGAACGGGUGAUGUCAGCUGUGCACUUCAGACCUCCAGUGCGCCUCCUCGGUCCAGGAUAUCCGGCGCCGCUUAUGCGCACUGUGUCGCCGGUGUGCGGUCACAGUCCAGUCCGGCCCGUCCCUGCUCCCCGCACCAGGUUAGUGGUGCGUGUCCCCAGUCCUGUCCGGCCCAUCCCUGCUCCCCGCACCAGGUUAGUGGUGCGUGUCCCCAGUCCUGUCCGGCCCGUCCCUGCUCCCCGCACCAGGUUAGUGGUGCGUGUCCACAGUCCUGUCCGGCCCAUCCCGGCUCCCCGCACCAAGCCGGUGGUGCGUGGCCCCAGUCCAGUCCGGCCCGUCCCUGCUCCCCGCACCAAGCCAGUGGUGUGUGUCCCCAGUCCAGUCCGGCCCGUCCCUGCUCCCCGCACCAGGUUAGUGGUGCGUGUCCCCAGUCCUGUCCGGCCCGUCCCUACUCCCCGCACCAGGUUAGUGGUGCGUGUCCACAGUCCUGUCCGGCCCAUCCCGGCUCCCCGCACCAAGCCGGUGGUGCGUGUCCCCAGUCCAGUCCGGCCCGUCCCUGCUCCCCGCACCAGGUUGGUGGUGCGUGUCCCCAGGCCAGUCCGGCCCGUCCCUGCUCCCCGCACCAGGUUGGUGGUGCGUGUCCCCGGUCCUGUCCGGCCCGUCCCUGUUCCCCGCACCAGGCCCACGGCACGGCCUGUGUCCGGUCCACCGGUGACCAGUCCUGUUCCGGUCGGCGGCUCCGCUCCGGAGCCUGAGCAUGCCGCUCCACCGUGGUCCAGUCCGGGCCAGAGGGGUAGGGCUAGGGUGGAGGCAGGGGGAGAAACACGCCCGGGGCCAGAGCCUCCACCGAGGGUGAGGCGCCCACCCGGGUCCCCCCCCUAAUAGACUUUAGGUUGGUGCGCCGGGAGUACGCACCGUUGGAGGGGGGGGUACUGUCACGCCCUGACCAGGUGAACUCUUCUAUUUUGGUCAGGGUGUGGCAUUUCUAUAGUUUAUUUUCUAUGUUUUUGGUAUAGCCUUGCUUUGGGGCGUAUUUCUAUGUUGGGUUCUGUCGAUUCCCAAUCAGAGACAGCUGUCGCUAGUUGCCUCUGAUUGGGGAAUCAUAUUUAAGUUCCUUUUCCCCCCACGAUGUUUGUGGGUUGUUGUCUCUUUUUGUUGGAGCAGUAGCGAUACGUUUAUUCUCUGUUUUCACCGUGUUAUUUCAGUCUGUAAUAAAUAACAUGUGUUCGCUCCCA